AGAUGAGAAGCCAAGGGCCAGAGACAAAGAGUUGGCCAAGGAAUUAACCCCACACAGAAAGCAACUACUCAAGAAAGCAGGAGGCGAUCAGCAGGACUGCUCUUUGCUCAGCAAUGGAGGAAUUGCCAUGCUAGAUCACCCCUGAGGCAACUUUCCACAGGCAGUAGAUCAGCAAGCUGCCUGCCUACCAGACUGUCACCAGUGCUGUCUAGUGCCUGUAUUUUUGAAGAAUCAUGACAGAUAUGUGAAAGAUGCAGAAAAUUCAAGUGCAGGAAUCGAGAAGGCAUCAGAACUACAGCUGCCAAUCUUUUCAGCAAUUUAUUUCUCUAUCGGAUUCCCUGCCAUCUUCAUGCACGAAGGAAUUUGGGUCCCUUGGAGACAAGGGAGCAGGCAUAUAAAAGAUGCUAUAUCAAACUACCCCCAGAAGCAGCCCUGUCAGUGGAGUAAUAGCACUCUCCCACCAUCCAUGGACCUAAAGAAAACUGCAAUACCAUGAAAUGCAGCUUCGCUCUCCCCCAUCACCAGCCUUCCAGAGCCAGACAGCCUCUCCUGCAAAUAUUGCUUAUUUGUGGGCUACAUCUGUAUUUUUAAGGUGUUUCUGGCUUCACUGACCUGGUGCUGCUCUUGGCACUCCUAGGGAUGCCUGUGCCAAUAAUUCUCUACCUUGGACUUCAGACUGAUCUUCUCUCCGUCGCUCACUCUCUCCUUCAGUCUGCUGCCUGAAGCCAAGCCAGAUGCGCUGUGGCUCCAUGCCAACCACAUACCAUUUACACUGUCACUACAAAAAUGAUUGGCAAAGCUGAAUUUUUCAGCAUCAGGGGCUUGUCCAAGGAGAGGGCAAAUAAUAAACACUGACAGAAAUUGAUUACAAAGAAAGACUUUAAAAGAACAAAUUUAAUGUAAAUGCAGAGUUUGGCAUGGGUUAGAUUUUGAAGGAAACCUGCACUGUCAUUUUGUUCAGCAUCUCGCAGCUGCAAAUUAUUGCAUGUUUAUUAAUUGACGGGUCACUGCAACUGCUGCAGGAAAUACCACCCCUGGCUUACAGUAGGACAACUGAAGUAGGAAUAAAUUGAACCACUCACAGGGGCUGAGCAAAGCCUCAAAUUCCAAAACUCCUGCCUGCCCAGAUCGCACAAGGCGUUGCAAAGGAGACAACGUGCAAGACAGGAAACGCAUUGACCUUCGUACCUGCCUGCGGUGAAGGAUCGCGGACUUCCAGGAGGUGCUGGGCGAACCCACGGUGGCGCUGGCCAAGCUCCGCGAGCUCUGCUUCAGCGGAAUCCCUUUUGAUGGUGGGCUGCGCUGCCUCUGCUGGAAGAUACUCUUGAACUACCUCCCUUUAGAGAAAGCCUUAUGGAGCUCUUUGCUGAAGAAGCAGAGUUCCUGAAGGAAAUGAUCAUCCAGCCUGGGAUCGCCAAAGCCAACCUGGGUGCUUCCAGGGAAGAUGUGACCUUAGAAGAUCACCCCCUCAAUCCAAAUCCAGACAGUCGAUGGAAUACCUACUUCAAGGAUAAUGAAGUGCUCCUCCAGAUCGACAAAGAUGUCAGGAGGCUGUACCCUGACAUGGCAUUCUUCCAGCGCCGAACAGAAUACCCCUGCCUCUUAAUCCUGGACCCUCAAAAUGAGUUUGAGACGCUGCGCAAGCGGGUAGAGCAGACCACACUCAAGUCGCAGACAGUGGCGCGAAACCGCAGUGGGGUUACAAAUGUGAGCUCCCCUCUUAAAACACCUCCUAAUUCUCUGAGCGAGUAUGAAGUUCUGCCCAAUGGCUGUGAAGCUCACUGGGAAGUGGUGGAGCGAAUCCUGUUCAUCUAUGCCAAGCUGAACCCCGGGAUAGCAUACGUUCAGGGGAUGAAUGAAAUAGUGGGGCCUCUUUACUACACCUUUGCUACAGAUCCUAACAGCGAGUGGAAAGAGCAUGCUGAAGCAGACACAUUUUUCUGCUUUACCAACCUAAUGGCUGAGAUUCGGGACAACUUCAUUAAGAGCUUGGAUGAUUCUCAGUGUGGCAUUACCUACAAAAUGGAGAAGGUUUAUUCGACCCUGAAGGAGAAAGAUGUGGAGCUGUAUUUGAAACUGCAAGAACAGAACAUCAAACCUCAGUUCUUUGCCUUCCGCUGGCUGACGCUGCUCUUGUCCCAAGAGUUCCUGCUGCCAGACGUCAUCCGUAUCUGGGACUCCCUCUUUGCCGAUGACAAGCGCUUCGAUUUUCUUCUGCUCGUCUGUUGUGCAAUGUUGACACUAAUCCGGGAUCAGUUGCUGGAAGGAGACUUCACCCUGAACAUGAGGCUGCUACAGGAUUAUCCUAUCUCUGAUGUUCACCUGAUUUUGAAGAAGGCAAAGGAACUACAGGAUUCCAAAUAGUCCGUGAGCCUGACAAAAGGUGUCAGGGAAACUGCAUGGCAGUGGAUCCUAGGAGACGCCCCCAUACAGUGUGGGGCAUUACCGUUCCUAGAGGUCUCUGCAGGACUUCAAGUUUUGUGUUUUGGCAACUGGCCACCUUGAAGAUUUCCUUCUACUCUAUUUAUUAGGUCAAGGACUGAUUACUUCCCCAUCUACUUGGGUCCUGCACUCCAUAUUUUUCAAAUCUCAAAUGCCUCCGUACUGCCAAAAGCAGUUCUUUGUAUCUUUUUUUAAUGACUUUAAGUCUAAGGAGAAAGAAACCAUCUAUCUGCAUAUCCCUCAAGUCCUGUGAGAUGAAAUCCUUCUGCAUUAUGGAAGUAUGCUCACGUGGAGUAACUUCUGAUGAGGAAGGGACAGGCUGGAUCCAGUGAAGUUGGUGGGUGAGUAUAGAAGGAUCUUUCUCCUGUAAAUAGAAUGUAUCCCACUGAAGUCACUCAUCCUGCCAUUCACGUAGCUUCUGGAUUCUUCUGCUUCGUGUCUGCACUUAGCCAUCACUGGGAUUUGCAAAAAGGAAGACUGCAUCAGCUUCUGGUGAGUGUCAUCUGACAUCCAGCUGUUUGGACUCUGUCACAUGGGAGAGAGACCUUGAGAAGCUGAGAUGGCUGGACAUAGUUACAGCUGGCUGCUUUGUGCACUGAAGUUGCCUGAAUCCAGAAUCGCCUUAUCAACAAGGUCUCCUUGAAAGAUAGACUAUGGUGGUUUUAAUCAAUGAGGGAAGUGUAGUUUGAUUAAGUUGAGCCUUAUUACGCACAGCGUUAGAGCAGGAGGUUGUUGCUGCAGGGAGGCUGAGACCUCUAGCUGUCUGUGAUCAGCAGCAGCAGUACUGCUUUCCUAGCUCUGAGCUGGAGGAUAUCCAGCUACAAUCAGGAUUCUGAAACGCAAACGGGCAUCUAGUCGCAUGCUGUGAAGGCAGCUGUAUUUAGGGGCUUAUACUGGCAUGACUCUGGGGUUUUCCUGCCUCGUGACUUGCAUAAUAUUGCCCUACAUAAGCUGUGGUCACAGUAACCUUGAAAUUGUCUAACAGUACUUCUUGCCAGGAAGAGGCUUUGCUUUUAGGUCAGACCUAUACCAUGUCUUUUUCUGGAGUAAUCCAGUGGGGAUACAAGCAUUUCAGUCACUAGCUUACUCCUGGGGAUGGUCCACUUCUCUGUGUACCAGUCCUAUUGGAGUGACUGUCCUGAAUUGGACAUUUGUCCCUCUUGAGAGGGAAACUGUUGCAUUUCAAAUACAGCGGAUCAGGCUUGGGUGAAUGAGAAAUGUUAACCUGCAGGAAUGUCAAAUCGAUCAGAAACCACGAUCCUCCUCAUAGGGAGGAACUGGAGCACCCAAGUGCUCCGACUGUGCAAAAGCUCUUGAGUGAACACUAAUCCAGCAUGCUUUGUUCUCUUUCUGUGCUGUGCUGGCUCACCUCUGCAUAGCUGUUUGACAAUGCACUUUUCUGUAUUUAUGAGUACUGAUUUGUUAAAGGUCAGUCUUUUACUUUCUAAGAUCUGCUUAUGCUGCUGAUGGCCUGGAAAGGCCCUAGCAAGAGGGGUGUUGUCAGCCUUCAGCUUUUGUACUAGUGUUAUUUCCUUCACCUAAGGCCGGUUCUUUACAGGCUACUGUAAUUUUCACAAGAAUGGGUGAGGAGACCAGAGGACAGGUUGAAACACAUUCUUAUGUUCUUGUUAGCAAUCCCAAGCAGUUUUUUUUUUUCCUGACUCUUCAGAAGAUGCUCUAGUGACAAAGGUGCAGCCAACUGUUGCUGCUGGGGUGGAACAUGAGCAACUGAAGACUUAAGCAAUCUGUAGCUAGUGCCUAUGGCUAACAGUAUCCCUCUGUGCUUGUAAUCCUUUCUAGAGGGUAGAUUUUUUCCCCCAAGAAGUAUGGAACUGGUAGAACAGGACAGCUGUGUGAUGGAGCAUCCUGCCUGCUCUCACCACUGGAUGGAUGCUCGUCCUGCCUCCUUUCACUCAGCUGUUCUAGCUGGUCUUGUGGUCUCAGCUCUUGGGUACCCUACACUACAGAGGCCAGUAGUUGGACCUUUUAUGACUGAACAGCCACCUGGUAGACACAAAUGUAGAACUGGAGGAUGAAACUCCUAGGCAGAAGUGGACCUCCUACAAAAUGCUUCUGCCUCCAAACUGCUGUAAAUAUUGUUGCUCUCUUACGUUCCGUGCGCAAGUUUGGCUCUCACCUCCCUGAAUACCUGGGCUGUCCAGUUUGGGUCCCCCUGGUAAGUGCUGGGUCUCUCUAAGCUGUGUUUUUUUCACUGCUAAGAGGAGCAUCCACAAGAGUUCCUUCUCUGAAUGUGUAGAAGUCUCCUUAAAAUAACCUGAAAAGGCAGCAGGCCAAUCAGCAUUAAAACGUUACUUACCAAUGAACUUCUGCUUGUUCUCAGCGUAGUGUUUGGGCCCUGAGGUUGACUUCCACUGCAGUGGAGUUGCCCCAGCUCCGACUCAGGUGUUGGACUGUAGCAUUACAAACACUUGAGGGAAAAUAGCAGGGAGUGGCUAUUCGUGUAGCAGUGCAGAAGGCUGUCUGGGUACAGGAAGCGUGCAGCCUUUUUCAUUCCUAGGUUUUAAAGGGUCUCUAGCCCCUUUCUUUAGGGACAAAAGUGCAUUGUCAGAGGGGAGAAAAGCUUUUGACUCUCCUGAUGAGUUCCCUUGGCUUCAUCCCUCAAGGCUGUUGAUGAUGUUGUUGAGGUCGGACAGUAUUAACUAGCCCGAGAUGGUUCCUUGCCUUUGUGGCCAAGUAACGACUGCUCCACGCUUGAGACAAUUCCACCUCUGACUUCUCUCAUCCCUAAUCUGCUACAGGAGCAGCAAGACUGGCUGAAGCAGCAGUUCCUAGAGUCUGGAGGCAUUAGCCUGUGGUGCCUUGAGGACCCCUGCUUUGUAGGGGCCUCAGUAGAGGAAGUUUAAAGAGCUCUUACUAAGCAUUCUUCACAGGCAGGACUACUGCCAACCAGGGGAAGGGAGACCUUUCCUAGGAGGAGAAAUAGAAAAUGAUGCUGGAUGUGGGAAGAGAUGGUCCUUCCUUAUGAGGAAAAGAUCCACUCUACCCUUCUUUCACCUUGCUGUAAUUCAGGCCUCCGGAAAUUUUGUAGCUUUGGCAAUAAGGUAGAAGAAACAGGAUAUGAGAGAUUAAGUAGUCAGUUGUGAUCGCUCAGGACAUUGAUUCUGAGCUUGAAUUUUGUGACCUAAUGUAGAAUUAUUCACAGUUUGGCAGAGAGUGGAAUGAAGGUCAUAGGCUGCUUUAGGGGAGUCUGGAGUAUUUGGGAAAACAGAGGCUAUUUUCUCUUAAUGAGUGUCAGUGAUUUUGUUUUAGCCUUGCACCUUUUAGCCUAAAAUGUCCUUUCCCAGAAGAAGAGAGCAACGAAUCUGGUAGUUUUUCAAAGUAACACUUUUUACAUUGGCUGGAAAGAACUGUGUCAGAACGGGACACAGAGAACACUUCAUCACUCCAAAACUCCUUCUUUUAGGCUGCUUUUUAAACACUAUUUUUUGUAAUGUUUCCUGUAGCUAAACUGGUGGCUUUGUGCAAACAUCUCCUCUUGGUGGUGUGACUCACCUUGUUGAGCUUGGAGUUAAUGCUGCUACAUGUGAUAACUACAGUAUUUCUCAGUGCCCUCCUCAGCAGAGACUGAGAGGAUCCAAGAGACCCUGCACUAGUCGGCUGUCGGUAGAAGCGCGCUGCGGCGGGCAGAGCCCGGGGGUCCGUCACAGCCUUGCGCGUACGAGCUCAUCUCGCCAUUGCUGCCUCUUCGAUGCGCUCGUCCUGCUGUGCUUGCCCUCGCGGACCCCCACCGCGGCCUCGUCCUGCAGAACCACGGGAUCGGGAGGAGUUGGGGGAGCGUUGGCUUUUCCCGAGGGAUGCCCUGAAGGUAACGCCGCCGCUGCGAACACUCGGGUGGGAGACAAGCGCGCGGCCCCGGCCUGGCCUGCUGCAGCUCCCAUCCUUGGGGAGGCGAGAGCUGGGCUCGCACAGGGGGGCCUUGCUGGGGGGGGGCUUGGCCUGGCUGCCGGAGGCCGUCGAUAGGGCCAGCGUUGGGCCUGCGGCGGGAGAAGGGAGCAGGCGGCCCGUGCGGGUUUAUUAACUUCCUCCGCGCUUUAUUUUUGUAACCUCUCCUGUGGGCUUCGUAACGUGACCUCCGGGACCCCAUUUAACGCUGUUCUCUGAUUUGUCCUAAUAAAAUGGUUUCUUUGCA